AUGAAGAACUGCUCAACACCAGGGUCAAGGGGAAAGCUAGGGACUGAGUCAGAAAACAAGGAUUGUCUUACCAUCGACGAGGAUGACGACUAUGCGCAGCUCCGAACAUGCACCGACGAUGACGACGACGAUGAUUGGGAUGACCAGCUCUUGGUAUGGGAUGACGAGGAGACAUUCCUGCGCACCACGGAUGGCGACAAUUGCCUAGGUAGCAAAAAGGGCAAGGCGAUUGCAGCUCUCGCAGACAAGCCGGCAAAGUGCGCUGGCGUGCGGCAGAUAAAAGUCCCGGGCGAGGUGGUGUGUCCCGCUGGGUCGCUGCUGAGCUAUGUGAACAAAGCCUCCGACACGGGCGUCCUGACUUACCGCUGCCUCGAGGGGACUGCAAUGGGCUCCUGCAUUGAGUGGAACACGCCCUCCAUGUCGCAAGGAGACCAAGCGUUUAUGGAGGCGACCAUCACUUGCAAUCCCGGAAUGGCUUUACAGGCCGUCUACGUCGAAGAGACCGGUUCGGCAGAUUCUGCUUCAAACAGCUUUCGGUACAGGUGCUGCUACAGCGCCUCAUUGGUCAUGGCGAUCGUUCCCAAAGGCUUCCUGGGCCUCGGGCUGGAUCCGUUUGAGGGCGCUUACUGUCCGACCAGCCGGGACAUCAGCGGGCGUUUGCUCUACAUGCAGAGGAGUUCGUUUCGGGCAACCGGCAACCCCGCCUCCACACUGGGCUUCGACUACAAGCUCGGCAAGUGGUGCCUGGACAAUAAGUACAUGCUGCGGAGCUGCAUUGCGAGCCACGUUGCGAUGCCUCUCGAUGACGAUGGGCUCACGAGUCCCGAUUGGCAGGUCGUCGCCGUGACGGACUUCCAUGGUGACUUUAAGGCCCAAGGGGUCAGCACGAUUUCGCCGACGAAGAGAGUCCGGAAGAAGCCUACUCUGGUCAGCUUUAGCGCUUCGCGGCCCUCGGUUCCGGAGGAGUGCAAAGAGUCCGUCCCAGACUGGGAGGUUGCCAAGAGCCUGAGCGACGACAAUCCGUGCAAGAUGGUUUCUGGUAAGAAGCCUCCCUCCUAUUCUGCCUACAACUCGGACAAGGAGAAGUACGGCGCCGCUGCUUGGUGGGAGUCGAUGUCGCCAUUCUUCACUGGGAAGGGCGGAGCCGGCUAUAGCUACUCCAACAUCAAGAAAUGCUGGUCAAGGGAAUCGAAGAG